AUGUGGAACCAGACCAAAUGGUACCAUGAUGAUCAGCGAGAUACGGUUGUAGAUUUCUUCUUCCAUCUGUUGAACUGCACAGUCCUGGGUGUGACUCUGACCCUGGGUUUACCUGGAAACCUUUGGGUGUGUUGGUUGGUCUUUAAGACCAGGAGUCUUCAGACGUCCGAUAAUGCUCUCCUGGUUAGUUUGGCUGUCAGUGAUCUUCUGAAGUGCUCUGUGGACACACCUCUGCUGCUGUUUUCUUUUCUGUCCUACAGCAGGAAAGACGGCCCUGCAUCUGUCUCCAUACCCGUGGGUAUGUGCACCCUUCAGCAGUUCACCUACGCCCUCUGCUGCUGCGUCCAGCUCCUCACCCUGGCUGGAAUCAGUGUGGAACGUUUUCAGGCCAUCGCCUUUCCAUUCCAAACAGAGAGAAGGAAAGCCAGAGUCCGGGUCUGGAUACCGUCCAUCUGGCUGUGUGGUCUGAUCCUGGCAGCUGUGUCUUUGACUUUAUCCAGUGAGGCGCUCUUCUACCUGCUCUGUUACCCUCAUCUUGUCACAGAGGAACGUCUUCAACAUCCAGAUCCUUUUGGAACCUAUGUUUUGGUUCCAGUGUGGUGUCUGUCCAUCAUCCUGAUCGUGGUUCACUACACCAGGAUCUUUAAAGUGGUGAGAAAUCACAGGAGGAAUGUGUUCUCCAGAGGAGUCCAGCUGAGGUCCACGGUCUCGAACCAUGUCUGGGCCUGGCUCAGUGCACCACAGUCUGCUCGUCGGGUCAGUUCUCAUGGUUUCUGUGGUCCGGCGGCACCAAGGCGCUCUGUGGUUUUAGUGGUUGAGCCCGGUGAAGAGAGAGAAGAAGGUACUCCCUUAAGGGCAGCUCCGGAGAUCGUUGGGGCCGUUUGUUUAAUAACACCUGGAGCCAGAGAACGAGGAAAGAAACGUAUGGAGGGAAAAGUGGCUCAGCGUUUUGGCUACAUAAUUGUAGCCUUCACACUUUUCUGGACACCGCUGGUCAUCAUUUUGCUGCUGAGGGCCAUGUGUAGGAACCCUGACAAACUGCUGCUGGAGCUGGAAACAUCAGCCCUGGUUCUCACCUGUAUGCAGGCUGCUGUGGACCCUCUAAUCUACACUCUGGUCACCAGACAGUUCAGAAUGGAACUUACAAAGUUCCUCUCAUCCAUCCCUGGAUGUCCUCCAGGAAGACAGGUCUGA